AUGGAGCACGACUUCUUUCCUGGGCAGCACGUUGUUGACAACGCUCCUAGCGACGCCGUCCAUGAUGCUGCCGGAGAUGACGCCAAUGGAUCAACAAGGCGCGUCGGGGUCGUCAGAAGCGUGGAUCACAAAGACCACAUGGUGCACCUGUCGUGGUUCAAGGCGGCGUCAACGCGACCCGGCAACGAGGCCAGCAGCUUGGAGGUCGAGUGUGACGAUACCGUGAGUGCCUAUGAUCUGGUCAGGGACCCUGACCACUAUGUUGUCUAUGGAGACGUCGUCGUUCGUCUAUCAACCGUCACCGGAAGCACACUGGCGGCGCAGCAACCACAGGCCACGAGCACCCCCGCCGAUGUUCCAUGGGUUGGGCGCGUUGUUGACCUACUUGAGGGCCACGUCCAAGUCAAGUGGAGUGACGGCAGCACGUCGAUGGUGUUACCCCAUGAGAUCAGUGUCGCCAACAAGGAGAGCUACAUGCAACUGCGGGAUGAAAUGGCUGGCUGGGUGGAGGAGGACGAUGUCGGUGCUCCUCAAGAAUUGGAUGCUGCAAACACGGUCAAUGAUCCACAUGAUCCAGCAGAUGCUACAAACGUCAAAGGUGAUGACGGUUCUGUGAAUGAACUAUAUGGCCCUGCUGAAACCAGGCAGAAUGCGGAAGUGCCCAUGCACGCACCCACGGGUAGUAACGAAGAUCCUGAUGUUGGUGGCGCUGCCACCGAGGCCGACCUCGUUGAUCUAGUGACAAGAGGCGAUGGCAGCAGCAGCGGAAAGGGGUCGGUACACGUAAAAAGGGUGCACAAGGAGUGGAAAAUACUACACGACAGCUUACCAGACACGAUCUACGUACAGGCGUUCGAGGACCGUAUGGACCUGCUCCGGGUGGCGAUGGUGGGCGCCAGUGGGACGCCGUAUCAGGAUGGGCUCUUCUUCUUUGACCUGCAGAUGCCGCCGUCCUACCCGGACGUGCCACCGCAAGUCUACUACCACGCUUUCGGCUUCCGUCUGAACCCAAAUUUGUAUACCGACGGUACGGUGUGCCUAAGCCUGCUCAAUACCUUCAGCGGCGAGGGCACCGAGGUCUGGGUGCCAGGGACAUCAAGCCUCCUUCAGGUCGUCGUCUCCAUCCAGGCCCUCGUCCUCAAUAGCCAGCCCUUCUACAACGAGGCCGGCUAUGAGCACCUGAUCGACAGACCAGAGGGCCACCGCCAUGAGCUGCCCUAUAAUGAGAACGCCUUCUUGCUCACUCUCCGGACCAUGAUCCACCUGUUGCGCCGGCCGCCGCAGGGCUUCGAUGGGUUUGUCAUGGACCAUUUCCGCCGACGUGGGAGGUCCGUGCUCGAAACGUGCGAGGCGUACCUGCAGGGAUGCGUGGACGCCGGUCAUGGGAGCAUGGAGCUGCCGUGCUCGACCGGCUUUAGGACCGCGCUUGCAAAUGUCAUGCCCAAGCUCACGACAGCAUUCGCGCAGAUUGGCGCCCUAGGGUGCGACCACUGCACUACCACCAAGCAUUAA